ACAUCCCGUAGAACUUAAAGACUAGUCCUAGCUACCUAGUAAUAGUACCGUAGUCAGCAAGCUGCGUCCCCUGAUAGCCAGAUUCUGAUAGGGAUCGGCAACCUUGCAAAGUUGUUUGAACGUUGUCUGCAGCUUGCAGCUCUUGCCUUGGCUCAGCCACAAAAACGAUCUUGAAGGUCUCAAAACAGCUGCUAAGGUAGUAGCAGAGGUUUGCAGGUUCUCAUCUAAGUAGCGGCGGCCCUUUGAAAGAUUGCUAGGACGAGCAAAAGGGCUGUCACUUGGGUGUCUCAACAUUGCACAUCGCUUUCAAGAAAAGGCAGCAGUACAUAGUGCAGUACACCCUUUGGAGGUAGCAGCCUGUUCCUUAUACAGCUGAGGGAUCACGCUGACUACUUAUAGUGCUCUCCCUAAGUUACAGCUUGUAAAUUCCUGCGGAAUCUCUCAAGCGAGGAAGGAUGGGGGUUGAUGUUGGUUCUGCAGCGCAUGGGGUCAUGGGGAAGGUCAAGAAGGUCAAGGCGAUUGUGACUGACACUGGGGAGAAGAGACUCAGAGAGCUGGGGUACAAGCAGGAGUUGAGCAGGACCUUGGGCAUGAUUGUCAACUUUGCCGUGAGCUACACCAUCAUUGGUGUGCUCAUGGGGAUCACGGGACUGUACAGCCUGGGCUUUUCAUACGGCGGUCCAGUGUCGGUCAUUUGGGGCUGGGUCACCGUCGGGUUCUUCUCCAUCUUCAUUGCGCUCUCCAUGGCCGAACUCACGAGCAGCCUGCCGACGGCUGGAGGGCUCUAUUUCUGGUCUUACCACCUGGCGGGGCCCAAGUGGGGCCCUAUUGCGUCCUGGAUCACGGGUUGGUUCAACUAUCUGGGCUUCGUUUGUGGGAUGGCAGUGAUCAACAGCAUUGGGGCCAAUGUCAUCGCUACACAGAUCGUUCUAAGUACCGGCCCCGGGGGAGAGACGGGCUACGUGGCGACCAAGGAAAUGAUCUUGCUCUUCAUGACAAUCCUGGCUAUCCUUCAGGGCAUCAUCAACUCGUUCCAUGUCAAUUUCCUCGCCGUCUUCGAGAAGAUGGCCCUCUACAUCGAGAUCGCUGGCCUCAUCAUCAUCUGUGUGACCCUUUUGUCAAUCUCAGACCACAAGCAGUCCGCCAAGUUCGUCUUCACGCAGUACGAGCCAGCGAUAGGCACCGGCGUCAACAACAAGUUCUACGUCUUCCUGAUCGGCCUGCUCAUGAGCCAGUUCACACUCCUGGCUUACGACGCCGCGACGCAUCUGACGGAAGAGACGGUCGGUGCCGACUGGACCGCGCCGAUCAUGAUCGUCAGCGCCGUCGUCUCCGCGGCUGUUGCGGGCUUCCUCUACCUGCUCGUCCUCACCUUCUGCAUCCAGGACCCCUUGACGAUUUUGGACCCCGGGAAUGCGACGGCCGGUCUGAACGCGGUGGGGCAGAUCUUCUACGACGCUUUCGUCAGCAAGGGUCACACGUACAAGGGCGCGAUCGCACUGCUGAUGAUCCCCCUCCUGGCGGCGUGGUUCAGCGGGGUGGCGCAGCUGGCGGCCACGUCCCGAGUGCUCUUCGCGGUGACGCGCGACAAGGCCGUCCCCUUCAGCAAGUUCUUGCACUGGUCGCCGGCCAGCACGCACACGCCGAUCGUCGCGGUCUGGGUGUCCGUCUUCUUCUCCUUCUGCUUCUCGCUCUUCAUCCUCAAGAACUCCAUCGCAUUCAAUGCCGUGACGUCAGCCAGCACCAUCGGGGCGUACAUCGCGUAUACGAUCCCGAUCGCGCUGCGCCUCGUGUGCCCGCACAACUUCCACCCGGGGCCGUUCCACCUGGGCUGGUUCAGUUACGUCAGCGGCACGAUCGCCGUCGUUUACAUGGUCUUCAUGUGCGUCGUGUUCUGCCUGCCCAUCUCGUAUCCGAUCGACAGCAACACGUUCAACUAUACGCCCGUUACUGCCGGGGCGGUGACGUUGGUUGCGCUGAUCCUGUGGUUCGCGAGCGCGCGGAAGUACUACAAGGGCCCGGUUCGGACCAUAACCACCGACGAAAGCUUCGCGGGGGAAAACUACUACAAGGACGAGAUGACAGUGCACGGGGAAGAGAACCGGAAGGCUCCUCCGGUGGGCGCACUCUGAUUGCCCCCCUUCGGAGGGAGGUUUAUGUAUUCAAGGGCACCUGUAAUUAUGUUGGACUGUGCCCAAGGCCUUAUUCAAGAGGAUCUGAGAUGAAGACCGUCUUCGUCUCCUGUAAUUUAGAUUCGUGCCGUAUUCGGGCCACCUACGGUAGUAAAUCGAGAGGGGACAUUCAAGGAUCGUUCAAUUGGACUGCUGUCAUAAGACGGCGCAUUUUGUUAUACGCGGGGACCAGGUUAGCUGCAACCGAACUCGACAUGGGUACGUAACAUUGAAGGCAGGAUUGUGCAGUUGCACAUGAUUUUUGCCGUUCCAAUACCGACACUUAAUCGCUUCGAGCCCUUGAAGCCGCUUAAUAGAUGGGCCUGUGGCCUGCCGGCUGGUGAAGGGAUUGGGUAAGGGAUAAGGUACUCGACUUUUAAGAAACCGCGAGCGGAAAGUUGAGCCAAAUCGACUAAGCUUUGGUGUAAAGAGUCACUGCACUCAGUCCGAUUAUGUAGCAUUGAUUAGUCGUGCCCGCUUUGAACGGAUUUAUAUCAAAUCUGCAUGAGAUCCCCUUGAAAUAUCGAAUCUUGCCGCCUUCUCCAAAGGAUGCAUCGCGGCCCCCGUUGAUUGACAG